GUCAGCCUGAGCCAGCCAUUGGCCUACGGAGCAGCAGAUAGCAGCUGUUUGCUCAUCCUUUUGGGAAAGAGGGGAAAGUCCAGCAUCAGUCUUACAUGUGUCGGUCGAAACCCUGUCUGUAAAAACUAGGAUUACAGAGGAUGAGCGUGUACCUGCUGGUCCUGUGUCUGGCUUUAUUGCAGCAGGAGGGAAGAGCCAGUCCAGACAAAUCAGGCUGCAAUAGCCCCGAUGCAGUGAGAGUGGCAGAGGAGGCCCUGGAGCAGAUAAACCAGGACAGGACAAAUGGAUACGUCUUGAGCCUCAACAGACUGUACGAUCUGUCUCACACUCAGCAACAGGAGAAAGGUGGGUCACUCUACAAAAUGACUAUUGAUGUCAUGGAGACCAAAUGCCACAUUACCAGCAGGAAACCAUGGAAACAAUGUGAAGUCAGACAAAUUGGAGAUCUUCCAGUGUAUGGAGAGUGUGAAGUGUCUGCUCACGCUGACGCUCAAGUCAAACUGCAAAGCUACUCCUGUACGCUUCGUGAAGUUCCUGCUACUGCAGUGGUGGGAGUGUGUCCCGACUGUCCAACAGCUGACAACUUCAACGAGCCCGUCGUCAAGGAGACAGUCAAUCUCUCACUGCAGCGGUUUAAUGAAGAGAGUCACCUGGCCAACUACUUCACUCUGGAGAACAUUACAAAAGCCAGUUCACAGUGGGUUGUUGGUCCGGCUUACUUUGUGGAGUUCACCAUAGUGGAGACGGUGUGUUCAAAGAAAACAGAGGCCAGUGAACUGAGCAGCUGCCCCCCUAUGGACUGUCAGUUUGCUCAUAGAGGCUUCUGUCAGGGCUCACACGUGGCUCAUGAGGACCAGUUUGAAAUCAGGAAUCCUGUUGGGAAAAAGGACAACUCAUUUCAGAAUCGGAAGCCUGUAGAAGUGAAGUGUGAGAUCUAUGAACCUCAGGCUGCCACAGUGGAGGAACAAGGCCAUGUAAAUGCAGACAGCGGGCACACUGAGCCUCAGCAUCACAACCACACACACCUGCACCCCCAUGAGCACACACACUCAGGAGCAGCCAGCUCAGACAUCACUGUCUCCAAGUCGCAAGGCUCCCUGGGGACUGUGGUGGAUCAGCCUGCCUCUCCCAGAUCUGCCCCCUCUGCCAGCUCCUGCCCCGGCCCUCGCAGACACAGCCUGGGUUUAGAGAGACUCAAGAUCUGAUUGGCUGCACUGAUCUUUGUUCAGUUACUCAAACUGAUUAUUUUUUUUUCAUGCAUGUUAUAAUUAGUUGAAAAAGGGUGAGAAAUUGCAACUCAAAUAUGGGAGGACAGUAACUUAUACCAACAAUAGUCCUUGUACAAAAUCCGAUUACACUGGAUGUUUGAUUAAAGUAUUUACACAGCUGAAA